UUGAAGCGGGCAGAAUCGCAUUAGUAGAAACCAAGUCUGGUUGUAGCUAUUGUAGAUGUGUUCGAGUCGUCAGGGACAAAUUUGGCAUUUUAACUACCCAUAAAAUGUUCCUAUUUCUAACCUGCUACGAACAUGUACUUCUGUUAGUCAAGACCGACAGACCUGCCCUGAGAGCAGUGUGUUUGGGAGCAUGCUAAUUAACACAGGUGGUCCCUCUGUAACAUCAAGAUGAGGCCGUGUGGGAACCCGAUAAAGGCGGGGUUUACGACUGUGGUAACUAGUGACGACUGAAGGGGAGCGGAACAGGAAGCGACUGGGACUACACGGAGAAGGCACUGCUGCUAACAACGACAUCAACAGCAUUACCCUCGGGGAUAUCUCCCUUCUCCGUAACGUAGGUUAGAGACAGACAGAUUGCAUAUAUGAACUUGGAAACAUGUACAAUUUGGGGUAAUGAAGCGCACAAUAUCGGGUAAAGUUAAAGUGCAACAAGUUGGUAAGGAAUCGCAAGCUAUCUUUCUGCUGUGUUUAGCUAACCAAGCUAGCUAGCUAACGGCUCCAGGAAAAAUGAAGGAGGUGAAGGGUUGCGGUAUGCGGUCCUCUGUGGGCUUUCUGUCUCAGAGAAGGCUUUUCGGGAACCCGCUGAUGAAGGAAGAAUUCCAGAGACUCCGGUUGGCAGGAUGCACAAGCCUUUACAAGAAGGAUAUGCUGGGACAUUUCGGGUGUGUAAACGCCAUAGAGUUUUCCAACAAUGGAGGGGAAUACCUGGUGUCCGGAGGGGAUGACCGCAGAGUGCUGCUGUGGGAUAUGGAGAGAGUCCUCCACGCUCGCUCGGCCAAGCCUCUCAUACUGAAGGGAGAACACCUCUCCAACAUCUUCUGCCUGGCCUUCGACAGCACCAACAAGAGGGUGUUCUCUGGGGGUAACGACGAACAGGUCAUCCUUCAUGAUGUAGAGCAAGGUGAGACUCUGAACGUGUUCCUUCACGAUGAUGCAGUGUACGGCCUGUCAGUCAGUCCUGUUAACGACAACGUGUUCGCCAGCUCCUCUGACGACGGACGGGUUCUCAUCUGGGACACACGGCAGCCGCCACACGGAGAGCCCUUCUGUCUGGCCAACUACCCGUCAGCCUUCCACAGUGUGAUGUUCAACCCGGCAGAGCCCCGACUGCUGGCUACAGCCAACUCCAAGGAGGGGGUGGGGCUGUGGGACAUCCGCAAGCCUCGCACUUCUCUGCUGCGGUACGGCGGUAGCACGUCCCUCCAGAGUGCCAUGUCGGUGCGUUUUAACAGCGCAGGGACCCAGCUCCUGGCACUGCGUCGCAGGCUACCCCCGGUCCUCUACGAGCUACACUCUCGCCUACCCAGCUUCCAGUUCGACAACCAGGGCUACUUCAACUCCUGUACCAUGAAGAGCUGCUGCUUCGCUGGAGACAAGGACCAGUACGUCUUGUCUGGAUCAGAUGACUUCAAUCUUUAUAUGUGGAGAAUCCCAAAGGAUCCUGAAGCUGGAGGCCCAGGUCGUGUGGUGAACGGAGCGUCCAUGAUCCUAAAGGGUCAUCGUUCCAUCGUGAACCAAGUCCGGUUCAACCCGAGCACCAAUAUGAUCUGCUCCUCCGGGGUCGAGAAGGUCAUCAAGGCAUGGAGCCCCUACCAGCAGACAGAGAGUCUGGGCGACCUGGAUGGUUGUGUGGAGAAUAAGUCCAGGAGUCUGUACAGCCACGAGGAGUAUAUCAGCCUGGUGCUGAACAGCGGCAGCGGCCUGAGGCACGACUACGUCUCACAGUCCAUCCAGGAGGAUCCUCGUAUGAUGGCCUUCUUUGACUCUCUGGUGCGUCGGGAGAUCGAGGGCUGGAGUUCGGACUCAGACAGUGACCUGAGUGAGGGGGCCAUCCUGCAGCUCCAGGCCAGGGGGCGAGGCUCGACGCGGGCUGGAAGAGACGGCGCCGGGGUCCUGGUUGGGGUUGGUGCUGCUUCACCUGUACAUCCCGCUGCUGCUACGGGCGACUCGGACCGCUCCUCCUCAUCCUCAUUGGCUGCACCUGAUGCCUCGGGGGCGGAGCCGUUGCUGCCUAGGAGUCGUCAGCGACAUCACCAGUCUGCGUUCUUAUUGGACCUGGUGGGAGAGGACUCUGACUCCUCUGGGUUCUGGUUGGACCCCAUGCCCCGCCCCAGCCCCCGAGACAACUCCACCCUCUCCAGCCCCCCCUCCUCCCCCGCUGGGGCCUCCUCCAGCUCCUCCACCACCUCCUCCACCAGCUCUGAGGACGAGGAGCGUCGCAGGGUCAGCACCAGGCAACGCAACGCCGCACGGAGGCGCCGCAUGCACUUCCCCUGCAGGCCCAGUGGAGGGCGCCCUGAGUCCGCCCAGGCCCUGUACCCCGGGGGGGUCGACUCCUGCUCCUACCCCAAGAUCUCCAUCGACGAGGCCUCAUCCUCCUCUGCAUCCUCCACGGAGCUGCAGCAGGACCAGGACUCGGUCCAGAUCGGACCCCAAAGGAGGAGCUCGAAAACGGGGAGAUGUGCCAGCAAUUCAGGCAGACUUGCUGGUUCCGGCCCUGCAGUGUCUCUGGACAGCCAGGACGACCGAGCGGAGCAGGAGGGGCUCCUCAUCACCUCCCUUCUGGCUCAGGACACUCUGCAGCAGAGGACCGAGUCCUGGGAGGGAGGGAUGACGGGGGCUGCUUUAGAGAGGAUGGCCAAGGGCUUGGAGAGUCCGGAGGAGGACAACAGUAGCUGGGUCUCCCCUUCCUCCAGACAUCACCACAGCCCUGACAUGAAUGGCCUGCGGCUCCCUGACCAGACUGAGAUGACUGAAGUGCCAGUAGACUCCAGGGACCGUCUGGCUCCAGACCUGUUUGCGUCCCCACAUUCCAGGGGAGAGAGGGAGGCCUUGGCGGGGAAACAAACAGACACUAGGAACCAGGUGGAGGAUGAGAAGGAUGAGGAAGAGGCAGGGUUGUCUUCUCAGAGAGGCCAGGCCCCGGCCCAGGGGGCGCUAAAACGGACUCACCUGGGGUCAGGAGGUCAAGGGUCAGGGGAGGGGUUGGAGACCUCGCCCUCAGAGAAGAAGUUCAAGACAUGAUGAUGACGCCUGUUGUGGGAAGGUGAUCAUUUGGUGAAAGACUUGUCCCACAUUAGUCUAUUCCCCGUGGUUCUCAAACCUCUCCUCUUGGACGUUGAACUACCUCACCUGAUUCACCUAGUCAAGGGCUUGAGGAUUAGUUGACUAGUUGAAUCAGGUUUGCUAGCUCUGGUAUAGAUUAAAUACAUGGAACAACUGAGGGGUCCCAGAGGAGAGGUCUGAGUAACACUGGCCCAUGGAACAACUGAGGGUCCCAGAGGAGAUGUCUGAGUAACACUGGCCCAUGGAAACUGAGGGUCCCAGAGGAGAGGUCUGAGUAACACUGGCCCAUGGAACAACUGAGGGUCCCAGAGGUCUGAGUAACACUGGCCCAUGGAACAACUGAGGGUCCCAGAGGAGAGGUCUGAGUAACACUGGCCCAUGGAACAACUGAGGGUCCCAGAGGAGAGGUCUGAGUAACACUGGCCCAUGGAACAACUGAGGGUCCCAGAGGUCUGAGUAACACUGGCCCAUGGAACAACUGAGGGUCCCAGAGGAGAUGUCUGAGUAACACUGGCCCAUGGAAACUGAGGGUCCCAGAGGAGAGGUCUGAGUAACACUGGCCCAUGGAACAACUGAGGGUCCCAGAGGUCUGAGUAACACUGGCCCAUGGAACAACUGAGGGUCCCAGAGGAGAGGUCUGAGUAACACUGGCCCAUGGAACAACUGAGGGUCCCAGAGGUCUGAGUAACACUGGCCCAUGGAACAACUGAGGGUCCCAGAGGAGAUGUCUGAGUAACACUGGCCCAUGGAAACUGAGGGUCCCAGAGGAGAGGUCUGAGUAACACUGGCCCAUGGAACAACUGAGGGUCCCAGAGGUCUGAGUAACACUGGCCCAUGGAACAACUGAGGGUCCCAGAGGUCUGAGUAACACUGGCCCAUGGAACAACUGAGGGUCCCAGAGGUCUGAGUAACACUGGCCUAUAUAGUACACUACUUUUCACCAGGAUCCUCUGAGCCAAUGGUCAACAGUAGUGUACUAUGUAAGGGAGAGGGGGCCGUUUCGGAUGCAACCGGAGACUCAAGUUAGUGGCUUUUCUUUGUGUUUUUACAGUCCAGUUUCUUGGUUUGGUGACGCAAAAUUGCGACACCCUUUUUAGUAUUUUUGAGCCAUUGGGACGUGUAUUCUGCUAAGAGCAGGACACAGUGGCUAUGAGGGCUUGGCUCUCUCUGUCUGUCAAUCAGAACAUACUGGAUAAUGAUUGGUCCAAUGUUACUGUGGCAGCAACGCAUUCUGGAACUUCUAGAAAUUGUCAUCACUUCUGAGGUCAAACCAUAGAUGACAUUAAAUAUCACAAGAUCCAAAAAUAUGUAAUAAUAUUGACAUUGACAAUGGUAUUGUAAAUGCACUUCUAGUUAGUCAUUUAGUCUUAAGGCAGAAAUUGAAUUUUUGUUUUAUUUUUUUUAUUUUUUUAGUUGUUUUUUGUUGUUGAAGAAAGCAGGCCUUUAGUCCUGAACCAAAGCUUCUUUAAAGGCUUCAGACGGCACGUUUGAUUUCUAUUGGUUCAGGACUAAAGGCUUCAGACGGCACGUUUGAUUUCUAUUGGUUCAGGACUAAAGGUUUCAGUCAUUUACAUUUUUCAGUGAGCUUCUUGGUGAAGUGUCAGCAUUUCUGUGGCAAAUCUGUUGUAGCCAUGCAGCUGUUUGAGUGGUGCAUUAAAAAAUAAAUGAUUGUUUCAGUGUUAAUAAGGAU